CUGGCAAAGCAUCUGUAAUGGUUUUGGGUUGAGGAUAUAAAUGAUAAAGCUCCUGUGUUCAGUAAGGACCUGUAUGAUGUGUCCGUCUAUGAAAACCUUGCAGGUGGAACUGCUCUGGUAUCUUUGGAGAUUUCAGAUGAGGAUGAGGCUGGGUUCUCUAAAGGUCACUUUAUCAUGGACAAUGAUACCUUCGUUAUCAACAGUCAGGGAGUAAUAUCACUCAGGAGUGAUGCCAACUUGGACAGAGAAACUAAAGACAAAUAUAACAUAGAGGUAAUAGCUGUGGACCAGCCUGUCGAUGGCUUAAGCUCUACAGCUCAGGUUAUCAUCACUGUUUUGGAUGUCAACGACAACAACCCACAAUUCCUUCCUCUCCCAGACCCCAUUGUGAUUCAGGAAGGUGUGUAUACACCUUCUUCACCUGGAGAGGUGUGCUUAAUCUCAGCCACAGACUCUGACAUUGAAGAAAACGGACGUGUCAUCAUGACUGUUUCCUCUUACAGCAAUAUCUUCAGUUUCAAAGAGGAUGGGACUUUACUAGCUAUCAGUGAGCUGGAUCGAGAGACACAAGAUGUGUAUGAUGUGGUCAUUGUUGCUGUGGAUAAUGGGAUCCCACAGGCAAAUAACAUCACCACAGUGAGGGUCAAUAUCACAGACAACAAUGACAAUGCUCCAGUCUUCAGCUCUAACUCCUACAGCAGAAGAAUUUUGGUUAAAGACGCCAAGUUUGGAGAGGUGCUGCUGACGCUCUCUGCCACAGAUAAAGACGUGGGAUCCAAUGCAAUCAUUAGCUACAGUUUCUCUGAAGUCUCUUCCAUGGUUGCACUGGAUGCUGAAACUGGAGACAUCACUUUGACCUCUGACCUUAGUGAGCUCACAGAAGACAUGAUGCUAAACCUUACUGCUAUAGCGACAGAUCAUGGAACACCAGCACAGUCUGAUGAAGCCGAAGUCUUGAUCCACUUCAAAAUUGCCUCUCUCACUGACAGUGUGGCUUUUGAGAACUCCUCCUACAACUUCAUAAUUAAGGAGAAUGAACCUGAGGACACGAUAGUGGGCAAAGUCAAAGCAGUAACAGGCAAUCCACUGGUUACAGUCAGCUAUAACAUGAAGUCACAUGAAGAUGUCUUCUCUGUGAAUAGUGAGGGAACCAUAACAGCUCUCAAACCAUUGGACAAGGAGAAAGUGGAGUGGUACUUUCUCACAAUAGAGGCCGUAGACUCCAGAACUCCUCCAAACACUGCAGAGACAACGGUCAACGUUCAGGUUGAGAACGUGAAUGAGGCUCCUGUGUUUGAAGCAACAAUAUAUAAAGCAGAAAUUUUCAGAAUCGCUCCCUACAAAUUCCCUAUAGUGAAGGUCAAGGCAUCAGACCCUGAUGUGGACGAGAGCUCAGAAUUGCUGUAUUCCCUGGAGUCCACACCUGUGCUGGAUGUGGAGGCAAGCAGUGGUCAGAUCUACGUACUGGACGCAUCUAGUCUUGAAGGCGUUCUGUUCACCACACAGGUUAAAGCCACUGAUAAACAUGGACUGUUCACAACUGCAACAGUUGAGAUCACAAUAAAAAACAGCGAAAGUGACAACGUUGUAAUCAUCUCUCUAAACCAGCCUGUGUCCACAGUGGAGAAGAAGAUACCAGAGAUUGAAGUUUCCAUGAAGAAAGCUUUAGGUUUGACUGUGAAAAUCCUCAGUGUGAGCAAUGACAAUGGAAUUGAGAUGAGCACCAUUCUCCGAGAAUCUACAGCCAAGACUUACAUCAGCUUUAUUGCGACGGAUACCAGUGGUGCUGUCAUCCAAGACACGGAGGUCAAAAAGAAACUGCAGAGUAAUCACGACGCUUUAAAAGCCGAACUGGAGAAGGUGUUUGGUUCCGAUUUGGAUUUCAAAGUGGAGGAAGGUUCUGGAAACAAUUCAGAGGGUUCCAGUCAAACAAUUGUCAUCGCUCUAAGUGCUCUGCUGGCAAUAAGCCUUGUGGGACUUAUCGCUCUGCUGGCCGUCUAUCUCGUUAAGAUGAAGAAAAUGAAGAAGGACCUUGAUUCUGACAAAGAGAGCUUCAAUAUUUCCAAACACGAGACAUCCAGUUUAGACAACAGUUUUAACUUUACAAAUAAAGACGAAGCCAGAGAGGUAAAGCACUCAAUUCGGAUUUAGAAUUCGGACAAUAUU